CUUUCUUUUUUCUUUUGCCUCAAAACAAUAAACUCAACAACCAUGUCAAGCUCUGAACAUGGUGUCCAUGUCCUAAUAUUUCCUUUUCCAGCACAAGGUCACAUACUACCACUUCUGGAUUUCUCACAUCAACUUCUUCUUCAUGGUAUUAUAAUUACCAUUUUAGUCACACCUAAAAAUCUACCAAUUCUUGAUCCUCUUCUUUCUAUCCAUCCAUCUGUUAAAACUCUUGUUUUUUCAUUUCCUGGCCACCCAUCACUUCCCUUUGGUGUUGAAAAUGUUAAAGAUGUUGGAAACUCAGGCAAUGCUCCAAUCAUUGCUGGUCUUAGUAAGCUUUAUGGCCCAAUCUUAGAAUGGUUUAAGGCCCAACCCAAUCCUCCUGUGGCUAUUGUUUAUGAUUUCUUCUUGGGCUGGACUCAAGAUUUGGCCCAAGAACUUGGUGUGCCUGGAAUUGUUUUUUACACUUCUGGGGCACUGUUGGUUUCUAUUAUGGGUGAUAUUUGGAGGAAUUUUGGGGCUUAUAAAGGUUUGGGCUUUGUUGAGUUUAAUGGGCUUCCUAAAAGUCCAAGAUUUGUGAGGGAACAUCUUCCUUCAGUGUUUCAGAAGUUCAAAGAAGGUGAUCCAACUUGGGAGAUGGUUAGGAAUGGAUUUAUUGCAAAUGGUAAGAGUUUUGGGUCAGUUUUCAAUACUUUUGAGGCUUUGGAAAGUGAGUAUUUGGGCUUUUUAAAGAAGGAAAUGGGCCAUGAACGUGUGUAUUCAAUUGGGCCGAUAAAUUUGGUUGGUGGGCCUGGUAGAAUUGGCAAGUCCAAUGUGGAUGAUGGUGGAAAUGAGAGAGUUUUCACUUGGCUUGCUGAGUGUGAUGAUGGAUCUGUUCUUUAUGUGGCUUUUGGAAGUCAAAAGUUACUCACAAAGGCCCAAAUGGAGGCCUUAACUAUUGGGCUUGAGAAAAGUGGAGUUAAGUUCAUUUUGGUAGCUAAACAAUUGUCAGCCCAACAAGAGGAACAAGGUUAUGGAUCAGUGCCAAAAGAGUUUGAGGAAAGAGUACUAGGAAGAGGCCUAGUUAUAAAGGGUUGGGCCUCACAGGUGGAGAUAUUGGGCCAUCGAGCCGUUGGUGGGUUUUUGAGUCAUUGCGGAUGGAAUUCUGCGUUGGAAGCGAUUGUAGCGGGAGUGCUAAUUUUGGGCUGGCCCAUGGAGGCAGACCAGUUCAUUAACGCGUGGUUGUUGGUGGAGAAUAUGAAAACAUCGGUCCGAGUUUGUGAGGGCCCAAACUCGGUGCCCGACCCGAUAGAGUUGGGUCGGAGAAUUAGUGAAGCGAUGAGUAAUGAUUUGUUUAAGGGGAAGGCAAAAAAAUUGAGAGAUGAAGCACUUGAAGCUGUUAAAAUUGGAGGGAGCUCUAAAAGGGAUCUAGAUUUGAUUGUGAGAGAGCUGACCCAACUAAAAAGUAGAAAAUUUAUAUAGAUGGGCCAAACAAUUUUAAGGUGGGCCAAUUUUUGAUGAAUUUGGUUGGGCCCAGAUGGACAUUUGAUGAUUAUGCAUUCUUCAACUUCAAUAUAAAUGUAUUGUAUUUGAUAAUGUGAGGAAGGAAAAUGAGACAAGUUGACCUUGUCCAUCUUAUAUUAUAUGUUAUUAAUUCCCAAGAUGUCUCAUUAUACUUACAAAUAAAUGUGAUUUCUUUUAAUUUGUUAGUUG